AAUCUACUCACAAUUUCAUAUCCUAUACGAUACGAUUCAUACGUUCGAAAAUCAAUCUUCUCUUAAACAAACGAAAUAAAACCCCCUAAUUUCAUUUUACUCAAUCAAGAAACAUGCAGAUCUUCGUCAAGACAUUGACAGGGAAAACCAUCACUUUGGAGGUCGAAAGCUCUGACACUAUUGACAAUGUCAAAGCAAAGAUUCAAGAUAAGGAAGGUAUCCCCCCAGACCAGCAGAGAUUGAUCUUUGCUGGUAAGCAGCUUGAAGAUGGCAGAACGUUGGCAGACUACAACAUCCAAAAGGAGUCGACCCUCCAUCUGGUCCUCCGUCUUCGUGGUGGUAUGCAGAUCUUUGUGAAGACAUUGACGGGAAAAACCAUCACUUUGGAGGUUGAGAGCUCUGAUACCAUUGACAACGUCAAGGCUAAGAUCCAAGAUAAGGAAGGAAUUCCACCAGACCAGCAGAGGUUGAUUUUUGCUGGCAAACAGCUUGAGGAUGGACGUACUUUGGCCGAUUAUAACAUUCAGAAGGAGUCUACCCUCCAUCUGGUUCUUCGUCUUCGUGGUGGAAUGCAGAUUUUUGUUAAAACUUUGACAGGAAAAACCAUCACUUUGGAGGUGGAGUCUUCUGAUACUAUUGAUAAUGUCAAGGCCAAGAUUCAGGAUAAGGAGGGGAUCCCACCAGACCAGCAGAGGCUCAUCUUUGCCGGUAAACAAUUGGAAGAUGGACGGACACUUGCUGAUUACAACAUUCAGAAGGAGUCUACCCUUCACCUUGUGCUCCGUCUUCGUGGUGGCUUGAGUUUCUAAUCCUCACUGGUGAUAAUGAUCACUGUGAAUGUUGCUGGUUAUCUAAGACGAUGAUUUCGUUUUAUGCUCUUUCUUUUUUCUUAUAAUAAUAAACGAUUUCUUUCAAUAUGUAUCUGAAGUAACUUUUAUUUUUAUGAUUAUGUUAUUACUUGGUGUUUGAUGGAUA